CACACUCCCCCAUUUACUUCGUAUAUAUACACGAACCCUAGCGUGCAAGGGCACCUGAGAGGACAAAUAUGGAGUGGUUCUACCCUAAGAGGAGGGGCCCACAGUGGAAGCAAGGUUGGACUGGCCAAACCCUAACCUCAAUCUCUGCACCUCCCCCACAUUUGCUCACCAUCUUUGCCAUUGUCAUUGCUUUGUUAUGGCUCUCUCAGUACACUGACUACAAGUCCCAAAUGCAACACACAGCCAUCAACUUACAGAUCUUCCUAAUAUCGUUGCCUAUUUUGUUGGUAUUUUUGGUAGCUUCGUAUUCUUCGAUUUCUUCUAGCGGAUGGUUCAACUUCGGAGUCCGGCGUCGGGAGCACGAGUUGGUUCACCGAGUUGGCAGCGGCGGUGGCGGCGGUUCAAGCUCGCCGUGGGGUGUUGCUGUCUUGUUGGUGUUGCUUCUGGUGUUGGUAUCUUACCAAUCGUCGCUUCAUUCCAAGUGGUUUGGUGGGAGGUCGGAUUGAUUAUAUCGUUUGUUAACUUAAGAUGUAAUGGGUUGGAAUUGGAUAAACAAAUGCCCGUGCAUUUUAGCUUUUACCAUCCGUCUUGGGUGUGAAGCAUCAUUCCUUUUUGUUUUAUUUUUUUCCUUUUAACAUAAAUGCACAAGUAUGGCAAAAGUAUCAAUAAUUGUGUCUUAUACGAUUAUGGUGUAAACGCAAGUGCACAA